CGCCAUGGACACGACCGGCCACAGCGUCCUCCUCCUCCAGCAGCUGAACAUGCAGCGGGAGUUCGGCUUUCUGUGUGACUGCACGGUUGCCAUUGGAGAUGUUUACUUCAAAGCCCACAGAGCGGUGCUCGCUGCUUUUUCAAACUAUUUUAAGAUGAUAUUUAUUCAUCAGACGAGCGAAUGCAUAAAGAUUCAGCCUACAGACAUCCAGCCCGACAUAUUUAGUUACUUGUUGCAUAUCAUGUACACCGGGAAAGGGCCAAAGCAGACCGUCAGCCAGAGCCGACUGGAGGAGGGCAUCCGCUUUCUCCACGCAGACCACCUCUCCCACAUUGCGAUCGAGAUGAACCAAGUGUUCUCCCCAGAGCCGGUCCAGUCUUCGAACUUGUACGGCAUCCAGAUCUCGACCGCACACAAACCGGCGAAGGAGCGCCUGGGAGCCAAGGAGAGUCUGCCCAAGGCGGGCAGCAGGUCUGCUGCCCAGGGCGACCACCCGCAGCUGCAGCUCUCUCUGGCCAUCGGCCUGGACGACAGCUCCCUCAACCAGCAGGUCGCUCGCCCCUCCGCUCCGCCCGCCACUCUCGCCAAGCCGGCAGAAGAGCAUCCAAAGCUCUCGGUCUCCAUAAAGCAGGAGAGGUGCGACUCAGAGCCCGUGGUGUCCCAGAGCUGCACCCCUCCGUCUCCGGAGGUAGCGAGCCCCAUCUUUGCUAAGGCCAGCCUCAAGGUGCACUUGUGUCACUACUGCGGGGAGCGUUUCGACUCCCGGGGGGGGCUGCGGGAGCACUUGCACACCCACGUCUCGGGCUCGCUGCCAUUCGGCGUGCCGGCCUCCAUCCUGGAGAGCAGCGACCUGGGGGAGGUGCAGCCGCUGGCUGAGGACAGGGAGACAGGGGAUGGCCACCGGCUCGGGGCCUUCCUCCUCAAGGAGGACGAGCCUCAGCUAGAGCACCUGAGCUGCAGCGACCUGGAGCCUCUGCAGAUCGGCCAGCUCUCCCUCAUCUCCAAGGACCAUGAACCGGUAGAGUUGAACUGUAACUUUUCUUUCUCGAGAAAGAGAAAAAUCAGUUGCACUGUCUGUGGCCGCACGUUUUUCCGCAAGAGCCAGCUGCUCGAACACAUGUACACACACAGAGGGAAGCAGCAGAAAUACAGUCGCUGCCAGCGGCUGGAGAGCUCCGCGACCCCCAGGUUUCGUCCUUACUGUGACAGCGAGAACGCGGGGAAAAGUUCCAGUUUAUCCCAAGACCACUUAGAUGAAUGUAUACUGGAGUCAGAUCUCAUCCAAGAAAGCGUUGAUACGAUCCUGGUAGAGUAG